AUGGAGCAAACUCCUGGAGAAGAAAUUGGAAUCAGAAUCUACUCUGCAUCCCCACAAAAUGAACCAAAAGUAACGAAAAAUUCUACUGGAUCCUCACAAAACGAUGAACCAAAUCCACCAAAGCCAUUAUGUACCCUCACUAAAGCCCCUAAAGAACCAGGCAGCAAAAGGAGAGCCGUGGGUAGAGGAAUGCAAAAAACAAUCUCCAAAACAUCAAUGCUUGUUAAUUUCCUUCCUACAGGCACCCUUUUGACUUUUGAAAUGCUGCUUCCAUCAAUAUACAAGAAUGGAUUGUGCACUUCUGUUACUGCCCUGAUGAUCCAUGCUCUUCUUGGCCUUUGUUCCCUUUCCUGCUUUUUCUUUCAUUUCACUGACAGUUUCAAAGGCCCAGAUGAUAACGUUUAUUAUGGUUUUGUCACUACAAAAGGGUUGGCUGUUUUUAAGCCUGGUCUUGCUGUUGCUGUGCCUAAAGAUGAGAGGUACAAAAUUGCGUUUACCGAUUUUCUUCAUGCAACUAUGUCCGUGAUGGUCUUCAUGGCAAUUGCGUUGUCGGAUCAUAGAGUGACUGAUUGCUUGUUUCCUGGACAUGUCAAGGAGAUGGAUGAAGUGAUGGAGAGUUUUCCUCUAAUGGUUGGUGUAAUUUGCAGUGGCCUGUUCUUGGUGUUCCCUACCAGUCGACAUGGCAUUGGAUGCAUGUCUAAUUGA